CCUUUUAAAAAUGGCGGCUCGCAUCUUCGCGUUGAUUCACAAUCGUUGCCUGAGUGUUUUGCGAAACGAUGCCGUGUUGCAUCGCAGCGCUCUGUUGUCGCACACCUGGAACCGUCGAGGUAUCAGGACAUCAUGGGUGUCGCGCAUGUUCAUCCAGACCCAAGACACUCCCAACCCGAACUGCCUCAAGUUCCUGCCCAAUGUGAAGGUACUCGAGCAGGGCACCCGCGAUUUUCCCAACAUCGCGAGCGCGAAGGACUCUCCGCUGGCGCGUCAUUUGCUUCGUGUGGAAGGCGUCAAAGCUGUUUUUCUGGGGCCGGACUUCAUCACGGUGACGAAAGGGGACGAUGAAACCGAGUGGAAAGUGAUCAAGCCGCACAUCUUUGCGGCCAUCAUGGACUUCUUCGCUACCGGACUGCCCGUGUUGGACGACGGUAGUGCGGCGACCCAGGUGUCCGAAGACACGCAGCCGAAAGAAGGCGAUAGCGAGACGGUGCUGACCAUCAAGGAGUUAAUCGAGACGCGGAUCAGGCCAACGGUACAGGAGGACGGCGGCGACAUCCUCUACAUGGGCUUCGAAGACGGCGUCGUCAAGCUGAAGCUGCAAGGUUCCUGCACGGGCUGCCCGAGUUCCUCGGUUACACUCAAGGCGGGAAUUCAAAAUAUGCUGCAGUUCUAUGUUCCCGAGGUGAAGAGCGUCGAGCAAGUCGUGGAUGAGGCGGAGAAAGUCUCGAACAAGGAAUUUGAAAAGCUAGAAGACACGAUACGGCGGAAGGGAGUAGAUCCGUAGUGCUCCAUUUGUUUAUGAGCGACUUUAGCUGGGACGCACAAUUUACGAAGUUGAAUUGUUUUGUGAAGAGUGUAGUGGGUUUCAUUGCGUGGAGAAUUGUUUCUUUGGUAUAAAGUUAGUUAAACUGGCAUGGAAUGCGAAAUGGCAUUUUCAUGUUCCUCUCCAGCAUGUGUGCCGAGCAAGCACCUGCUUAUGUGCUGUUUACUCGUGUGCUUGGAUCUGUGUGGAUGUGCUGUGCAUAGUAAUAUUGCAGAUGUAUUUAUGCAUAUUAUAAAAUGAGAUGGAACUGAAA